AGGUGCAAAGCUAACUGCCCACUUCUUAGCCUACUUGUCCACCUCGAGAUAUAGCCAGAAAUGUAUUACACACAAGUGUGUAAGAUACAUAUAGCAUAACGUAAAGGAUAUGAUAUCACUGAAUUAAAACACACGCCUCACAAAGAAACGCUGCUCCCCAGCGCAGGUCACUUCAGCGGUCAUGUCAGGAAUUAAAAGGAAAAUAGAAGGCAACGACCCCGACUACGACGACAUUUCGCUUGUUCAAAAUAGUAAAAGAAACAAAGCGGCUGAGCACAAUGCCCGAGAAGCAGCAGUUCAGAAGAUUGAAACCAUCAUCAGAGAGCAGUUUUCUUUGGAGAUGAAGAACAAAGAGCAUGAGAUAGAUGUGAUAAGUCAGAGACUCAAUGAAGCCAGGAGGAUGAUGGACAAACUGAGGGCGUGCAUAGUGGCUAACUACUAUGCCAAUGCUGGAAUAACAAAGCUCCCCGAGCAUGUUUCUAAGAGUGACCCCGCCGUGCUGAACCAUCCGGCCAUCAGGCGGUUCUUGGAGUCCCCGUCCCGGUCCACGUCCCCUCUCAACCAGGGCUCUGAGACUCUGUCCCUGCCCCACUCGGAGUCCGGAUCCCUCUCUCAGCAAGGCGAGGGAGCUGAGCGGGAUGGAGAGGGGGCGUGGAGAGAGGACGGCAGCAGGCAGGAGCGCAGGCCAGGGCGCAACACAGGCAAGGACACAUUUGGCGUGCCAUUGUCCUUAGGAGAAGAGCAGAGGGUGACCUAUCACCCAACUGGGAACGAAGCAUCUAGACUCUAUGCUAAGAAGACAAUUGUAGUGGGGAACGUGUCCAGGUACAUUCCCCCAGAUAAGCGUGAAGAAAAUGACCAAUCCACCCAUAAGUGGAUGGUGUACGUCAGGGGCUCCAGGAGGGAACCCAGUAUCGACCACUUUGUGAAGAAAGUCUGGUUCUUCCUGCAUCCCAGCUACAAACCCAACGACCUAGUGGAAGUCAGUGAGCCACCCUUCCACUUAACACGUCGCGGUUGGGGUGAGUUUCCUGUGAGGAUCCAGAUCCACUUCAAAGACCCCCGCAACAAACGCAUCGACAUCAUCCACCAGUUAAAGCUGGACAGAACAUACACUGGGCUGCAGACACUCGGGGCAGAAACUGUGGUUGAUGUGGAGCUCUAUAGGAACUCUCUUGGCGAGGACUACAUCCCCCAGGCCUCCUCCUCUAAGGCGACUCACAGAGUAGCCAGCCCCACGUUGGCCCCCUCCUUGGCUCAAAGUUAUGGACCUUCCAGUUCUCCCAUCCCACAUGAUACCAGUGUAGACAAAGGUUUAAUCAAAGCGGAGGUAGGAAGGUCUGUAAGUGGCCACAGCUCCGGCCUCCCUGCUGGUGAACGCACUCCAACCCGACCCAAGGCCGGCGACAGGAUCAUUCUCGGUUCCCAUGGCAACUCUGCCUUCCAGCCGAUUACAGCAAGCUGUAAGAUUGUCCCACUCGGACUACCCCCAAGUCCCACCGAGUCUCCCAGUAAAUCGUUCCAACCAAUCACCAUGAGCUGUAAAAUUGUUUCAGGGUCUCCCAUAUCCACCCCAAGCCACUCGCCGCUGCCUCGCACACCAGCCACCCCCACUGCCCACAGCAAGCAGAGCUCCUCGUCUGUCCUUAACAACCCUUACAUCAUUGUGGACAAGCCUGGCCAAGUGAUCAGCAUGGCUUCCUCAUCCGCUGCCUCCACAGGAAGCCCCUCAUCCAAACAGUCCGCUGCUCAAGGCACUCGCUCUCCAGCCCCCAAAGUCCACACGGGCACCUUCCUGUCGUCGGGGAUGAAGGUUAUUAUCAAGCAGGAACCAGGGGAAGUUUCAACACAUCAGCAGCAGAUGGUUUCCACAGUAACCAGCCAGCAGCAACCUGCUACUACCGCAACACACCAGUUUGUCACAGUGAAAGGAGGUCACAUGAUCUCCAUGGCGACCCAGAAACCGGCAGGAGGGGCCCCAGGGGCAACAACCAGCAAGAUGUUAGGCAUUCCUGUCAGCUCUACGCUCCAGUCGGCAGUCAAACAGGUGGCCAUCAGCAGCGGACAGAUUGUGGUGGCCAAGGGCAACCCUUCCGUCUCCAAGGUGAUGGGUGGGAAGCAGGUUUUGGCUCAGGGAGUCGCUAAGGCCAUCGUCAGUGGAGCCAGUGGCAUCUCUGGUCAGCAGGCUGCUGCCAAGGCUGCUGGUGGUCCGAGUGGAAAGAGUGGAGUGAUGGCCACUCUUCAGCUGCCAGCCAACAACUUGGCCAAUCUAGCUAAUUUACCUCCAGGCACCAAGCUCUACCUGACCACCAACAGUAAGAACCCUUCAGGGAAAGGCAAGCUGCUUCUCAUCCCACAGGGAGCUAUCCUCCGUGCCUCCGGCGCAGGUCAGCAGUCCCAGAGCAGCUCAUCGGCAGGUGCUGGCGCUCCACAGACCUCCACUUCCUCCUCUUCCUCCUCCAGCAGUCUGCCUUCUAACCUCUCUUACACGUCAUACAUCCUUAAACAGACCCCACAGGGUACGUUUCUGGUUGGCCAGCCAGCACAGGGAUCGGGGAAGCAGGUUGGUUCGAGUUCGGCAGGUCAAUCAGCAUCAACUCCAGCGACUGUCACCCAGCAGGCCAUACGGGUGACCGCUGGACAGAAGGCGGCUAUCGUGGCUCAGGUGGUGGGCGGCUCCCAGGGUGCACAGAUGAAGCUGUCUGACGGCUCCGUUAAGACGGUCACGGCAUCUGCAGCGGGCCACUUGUCCAAGCCGGGGACGACCACAUUGAGGAUGACAGGCGGAGUCAUCACCGCCGCUAGUUCCACCCCCGGCUCCGUCAGUGCUGCAGCGGCCAGUCAGCAACAGGCUGCCGAUGGCGUCAAGUCGGCCUCUCCGCACCACUCGCUCCUGGUGGCAGCCAACCAAGCGGCCGUGAUAAGCGCAGCCAAGAGCGCCGCCGCUGCCGCCACUGCUGGAGGCAGCCUGUCAAAGAUGGCUGUGGCCACCUUGGUCAAGGGUGCUGCAAACUCAGCCACAGUGCCAAAGAGUGCCGCGGGCUCAGCGGGAGCCGUGGUAACGGUGGCCAAAGGCGUCGCCAACAUGCCUGUCGUCGGCGUGUCCAAGGGCGCGGGGGUGGGCGUGGCCAAAAGCAGCGCGGCGUCACUGGCUGCCUCGUUAGUCGGCGGGAUGGCUGCGGCAGGAGGAGGAAAGACGCCCGCGGCCCUCUCAGGUAUGCUGAAGAUCAGUUCCGCAGGUUCCAGCGCCCAACAGACGGUCUUAACCAUCCCUGCCAACCAGCUCAAGCAGCUGGGGGUGGGCACCGCGUCUGGGGGCGUAGUCAUGCCCGUUGGGAAAGUGGUGUCUAAAGGCCCCGUUGCCAGUACUCCGUCCUCCUGGUCUUCCACCACUCCUGGAGCAGCUGGAGCCUCCCCAUGUCCCGCCAGACAGGCGUCCCCCUCCCCUGCCCUGCCUCUGGCCCAAGUGAAGACAGAGCCAGGUUCCAGCACAGCUGUCACAGCUGUUCCCUCCCCCCCGGUGACUGCUCCCGUCGCCACAUGCGUCAGCGUUGCCUCUGCAGUGAAGCAGGAGCAAGGGGCAGAUAACGCAGCACACGACCUCAUCAACCCUGAACACAUAGAGACGAUGAUGCAGCUGCUGACAGCGGUGAUAAAGAAGUUCCCCCUUAUUGUUCCAGAGAAGACUGAGGACUCCCAUCCAUUCUGUGCCUCUUCAACAGAACAGUAUUAUUCCUGGACUAUUGGCAAGCGCAGAGCAUCAGAGCUCCAGCGAGCGGUGGCAGUGAAGCGGGUCGUCCAGGAUGUGUUGGACCGCUCGCCCCGCCUGCAGGCCCUCACCCCCCCGAAGACGAGAGAGGUGGCGCAGUGGUGUCGCCAGAGGGGCUACACGCCGCCGGACCUGGAACCCCAGCACGUGAACGACGACGAGUCCAUCGAGGACAUCCUCACUCAGAUAGAUAACGAGCCCGAGUGCCCGGCGACCCUGAGCAGCUGCGACGAGCUGGUGCUGCGGCUGGAGCAGAUGCAAGCUCUGCUGAAGACUGAUCCGGAGGAGGUGGACGACAAAAUAGUCGACAUUGUGACUGUGACCCCUCCCUGCCGGAAGCUGAAGGUCAAGGAGGAGGAGCAAGAGGCUGACUCGGAGCCGAAGUUCUUCUUGGGCCCCUGUGCUUCCGCUCAGUUCGUCAGUGAAACGGCUCAGCAAAUUGGGGUAACCUUCCAGCCAGUUGAGGUGGAGAAAAAUGUGUUCGCUCCGGUAGUGGAAGCCAUGAUUCUGAAGGCUACCGAACAGUUUGCCAGCGACGUCCUGAGAGAAGCUCUGGCUGGGGCCUACGCCAAAUCCCCUCCGAACAGGGCGCCAAGAGAGAUCACAGCUAUGAACAUCCACCAGGCCGUCAGUAGCAUCCCCACCUGUGACUUCAUCACCAACACACACAUGGGUUACCUGUCGAAUGGCAAUUGAGGCCUAACAUUGACUGGUAACUGACUCACUACAAGUUGUGAGGACUGACUGAACUCCUCGUUACCAUAAAGAGACUGUGGGAACGGACUGUGUGACGGUUCACAUCUGGAUGUAGUCCUGUUGCAUCAGGUUGUGCAGUUAAAACUAAUGUACUGUAUUCACUGACUUAAUCGUAGAAGGGCUCAGCUCGUUUUUCCACAGCAACCGCUAAACUGUUUCUAAUACCCAGAAUGCACGGUGACACGUCGAGAAGAGGCUCCGUGGGACUUUUGAGCCGCCGUUGCGCUCUCACUUAACCCAUAACAAGUGUUUCCUGCUAGACGGAGCACUCGUCACCAGGGGAAAAGGACGACAUCAGACAGCUGUUCGCUGCCUCGUUCUUCACCCUGCUGGCGCAGAUUGGGUUUGACGACACAUUUGCAACCGGUUGGAAGCGCUAAUGAACAUCGGGGUGUAAGAAUCAAUCGCACCAACGGCAAUGUUGGGUGGCUGCUUUGGGCAAAGAAUAGAGAGAUUCUUUGAAAAAGUGCCAUUGCUAUGGCAACCGAUGCUCUGUCACUGCGAGUAUCUUUUGAUGAUAUUCAGUGUUACCUGACAGAAGUAAUUAUGGAACAUUGUUGUUUUUUUUGUUUUGUUUUACAGGCUCUUCGGAAGAGGUGACUGAUUUUUUUUUUUUUACAUAUAUUUUUUUUAUUGAAUACAGAUUAUGAAGGGUUCUGAAAAAUCCCAUUUUCGCUCUUAACAAGAAACGGCUAAUAGUCUAAUGAAAAAAUCACACUGUCGCUAUGAAUUCAGGACGUCAAUCUCAAUAUUUAUCUUGUAUCCGUCGUGAUCCGGUUCGAUAGCCAGUUGAAAGUUGUUUUACGUGUUCUGGUUAACUACCAUGAUGUAUCAAUCAUGUGAGGUGCACUGUGUAUAUUACCACGAUUUAAUAGAUGGUGUUUUCCAAUCCUGUUGUAUUUUUAUAUCUAAUAAUAACCGCAAAUAUUAAUGUGUAUGGAAAUGUGUGAACAGUGGAUCUAGUAGUUGUCACACAAGUUAAUUGGAUGGUAACUGAGGGCCUGUGUCUGUGUGUGUUUAUGUGUGUUUUGUCAGCUGAUGUGUAGUGUUGGUAAUUGUUUCAUGUGGAGCUUUGCAUUAUGUUAAUGUGUCGAUGAGUGGAUGAGUAGAAGUAUUUGGCUCGAGUGGUUGUGAUGCCAGUUCAACCAAAUAAGUGUAGAUGGUUACACGAGCAUUGUAUUUUCGUGUUUCAGUGCAAACCAAAAACAUAAUCAAUAUUCUUGUAAUAAAUAACGAAAAAACUCCAGCUGAGUUAUUUCUUGCAAACGAGAGUCAACUUGAAUUUGUUUUUGUUCACUUUGGAAUGUUUAAGAAAAAAACAGUGAAACUAUAGCCAUGCUAGAUUGGUUCAAUGAGACUGAUGUUUUCAAUAUCUGUUAAUGUUAAUAAUGAAUUUCUUCAUCUCCCCAGAAAUAAAACAUGUGUACUACUUCUGAAUCAAAUAGAAAUUUUUCUAGCACCACAAAAAUGUUCCAUUUAACUCAUCUUAAACCAAACAAUGUGAGAGUUAGUCACCUCUUCAACUAACAGAAAGUGACAGCUGUUUUCUAUCCUUCUGCUGCAGAAGGUUGUCUGUUUGUGGGCCUUUUUUUAAACUCAGGGACCCCUUGACAUCUGGACCAAAUAUCAACAGAUAUUUGAGGAAGAACUAACUGGAUUUCAUUGGUUAAAAGUCACUGUGACCUCACAGACCUCAUUCUUUGUAUUCUUAUUAGGACCGUAUUGCUCAAAUGAGUAACAGGAGGCAAACUGCCUGGUUGGUGAAGGCAUGCAACCAUGAGGUGAUGACUUUUUUUUUUGUAAAGACUAAUAACACCCAGAACAGCGAGACUCUGUGAAUAAAUCCAGCUGAGAGCCAGGUGACGUCUCAUAGAAAGUGUUAAGAACAUAGUAUGCUUUUAUUGUAAUUUCAAUGACAUAUUUCAUGUAUUUUAAUAGAUUUGCAAAAUUACAGAAUGGAUAAUACUUUCUCAAAAUAGUAAACUAAUUGAAUACUGAGGAAAUAAUUAACUUCUAGCAGAACACCAAAGGGCCAAAGAGCAGUCCAAGUUAACUCAUUUGACCAAACAUUUCACUCACUAUUCGAGCAAAUUCAACAAUAUGUACAAUAAAGGACAAGUCAGCAGGUACACAAACACAAGUCCACACAUACAGACUUAAAAACAGACA